AUGAACGCUAAAUGUGGAAAGAUAGAGAAGGCGCGUGAUUUGUUUGACAAAAUGCCGCAUCGGACUGGCAUAUCAUGGACAGCCAUGAUUGCAGGAUAUAUGAUAAAUGGUCAAGUUGAAGAAGCCAUAAAGGCCUUUCACGAAAUCCCAGAGAAGAUUACAGCACCUUGGACGGCAAUGAUUGCAGGAUAUGCACAUAAUGGACAUUGUAAAGAAGCCGUGGAGCUUUACGAACAAAUGGAACUUGCUGGUGUAAAGCCGGAACUGAAGACAUUUGUCAGAGUUCUACCAGCGUGUGGCAAGUUGGCUGCUCUGGAACAGGGUAAGAAGAUGCACAAGGAAAUUGUUAGAAGGCAAUUAGAGUCACAUGCUACCGUUUCUAAUGCUCUUAUGGACAUGUAUGCUAAAUGUGGAAGCAUAAAGGAAGCACGCAAUAUAUUUGACAACAUGCAACAUCGAGAUGGUGUGUCCUGGAAAUCUAUAAUUGGAGGAUAUGGUAUGAAUGGCUGUGCAAAGGAGGUCCUCAAUCUCUUUGAACAGAUGCAAUACUCUGGUACAAACCCAUGCCUUGUCACUUUUGUUUGUAUUUUACAUGCAUGUUGUCAUGCCGGCCUAGUGAAUGAGGGGAAAAAAUAUUUUGAUUGCAUGACUCAAAAUUAUAACCUCACACCAGCAAUGGAGCAUUAUGGUUGCAUGGUUGACCUUCUUGGCCGUGCGGGAAAUCUUGAUGAGGCAGAAGACUUUAUCAACAAAAUGCCAAUAAAGGCCGAUGGCCGAUGCUAA